CGACUAUUAUAAACGUAGGCAGGAGAUCCGGACUCGAGUUAGUGAGUCUGGAUCACCAAGAGAUCCCAAGUUCCCAACUCUCUCAAGUCUGGGGCUAAGGCUAAGUUCCAACAAAAAAGAGUUUCUCUGUAUACUUGGCAUUUGGCAAUGAAUUUGAGAGAUUGAUAUCGAAAUGACCAGCCAUUUUGCUUAGAUAGUUAGAUCCCACCCCGAGGACUGAGUCGACAAUGUCCGACUCUAUAAGCUGGUAUUCAUCAAAAUUCAGAUUUCCCUUAAAGAAAUACAGUGACAGUCUAUACAAAAAAAUUACAGUGGUAACGAAGUGAGAAAGUAAAGCCAUUUUCUUCGAAUUGUGAAGCACCGAAGAGGGAAAGCUCAGAUGGUGUUUAACAGGAUAGCAGUAUUGGCGGUGUCGAAACCCUUAGUUUUCAAGGCAGAGCAAUCCAUGGCGUCGGAGCUGCCAACUGAUCGUACGAGUUACAGGAGAGCUUCUACCCGCAAAGGCGACAUCGUCUUCGUCGUCAACCCCAAAGGCGCAAAUGGCCGGACUGGUAAAGAGUGGAAGAAAUUAGUUCCAUAUCUUAGGUCUCGUCUGGAUGGAGUUUAUAAUAUAUGUGAAUCUUUUACUUCGGGUCCUUCUCAUGCUAUCGACAUAACGAGGGAGGCUAUUCGGGAAGGGGCUGAUGGUGUGAUAGCGGUUGGAGGUGAUGGUACUCUCCAUGAGGUUGUAAAUGGCUUCUUCUGGGGAGGAAAACCUGUUGCUGCUGAAGACCAGGAGGCUACACAUACAACUGCUCUUGGUCUCAUUCCCUUGGGGACUGGAUCUGAUUUUGCCAGAACUUUUGGUUGGAAAAAUGACCCUCAUGAUGCCAUUGAACGCAUAGUUAAAGGGCAGAAAUCUCGUAUAGAUGUUGGAGUUAUUAAUGGAGAAAGUGGAGAACCUCACUAUUUUAUAAAUGUUGCCGAUAUACAUUUGAGUGCAAAGGCAGGUUAUUAUGCUUCUCAAUAUAAAAGAUUUGGGAACUUAUGUUAUGUCAUUGGUGCUUUGAGGGGCUUUGUUGGGCACAAAAAUCAGGACCUUAGGAUCAAGGUCAAUGGGGGAGAGUGGGAAAUAUUUCCUCAAGUAACAGCCCUUUGCAUUGGAAAUGCAAAGUUCUUUGGUGGUGGCAUGAAAAUCACUCCAAAUGCUGACCCCUGCAGUGGAGAUUUUGAGGUGGUGAUUCUUCAAGACUUCAAAUGGUAUGACUUCAUUCUUAAACUUCAUAAGCUGUACCAGGGGACGCACCUGGCCGAGAAAAAUGUGCACUCAAGAAGUGUUAAGACCAUUGAAGUGGAAGAAAUUACAGGUGGUGGCAGCAUUUAUGUUCAGUCUGAUGGAGAACAUUUAGGGUUUCUUCCCAGGAAAUUUUGUGUUUUACCUGCUGCAAUUGAGAUGUUGUGCUAAUUUAUGUCAUGAAGACCAUCGAAUUUUCUGGUUUCGGCAACGAUUAGCUGUAGAAUUACAUAGAAUGGCUACCAACGCCUCUGCUUUCUCAUGGCUAAUUUGUGUUUGGUGUUGUCAUAGAGAUCGUUCCAUAUUGGGGUGUCUGCAAUGCGUAGUUUUAUCAUAGGAAAAAUAGGCGAGGAAAGAAUAGACUGCAAGAAAUUGAAUUACAAUUAACCACGGAUCUUUUUCUUUUUUAAUUGUUUUCCCUUGUAUGUUUUUUUUAAUAAUAAAACAGCAUUGAAUUAGUUAUA